AUGGCAACUAUCUCAUAUGACGGCCCUAACUCGGGGCUUCAAAUCGGACAGAACCAUGGCCAUAUCACUGCUCAGUUCUUACAAUCGGAAGCGUCAUUGAAUCAAGCGUGCCUGCGGGAUCUGCGAACGACGAGUCCUCAUGAUAACAAGGACCGCAUCGAACGAACCAACGGAGGGUUGCUGGUAGACUCGUAUCGCUGGAUUUUAGACAACGAGCAGUUCAAACAGUGGCAAGACAACCAAAGUAGCCGUCUCCUCUGGAUCCUGGCAAAGGCAAGACAAUGCUUCUUCGAGAAGCAGCCAUCACUUCUCUCUCAUGUACGGAGCCGGUACGACCAAGCGGGAAAGUCGCUGUUUGAGGACGUAAACGCGUGGAAUGCGCUCUCAAAAAUGUUCAACAAUAUUUUGAAAGAUCCGACCUUACAGAAUACUUAUUUAGCGAUCGAUGCGCUCGACGAAUGCACAACGGACCUCCCUUUGCUUCUGGACUUGAUUGUUCAGGAAUCAUCUACCUAUUCGCACGUGAAGUGGAUUGUCUCGAGCCGUAACUGGCCUGGUAUCGAAGAGCGUCUGAAUACUGCAACGCAGACAGCGCCUAUCUCAUUAGAGUUAAAUGAGACAUCCGUAUCUAACGCUGUGCAACAGUUCAUUCGGCAUAAGGUUCACCGAUUGGCAGAAAUCAAAAAGUAUAAAGAUAAACUCCGCGAUGACGUUUACCGUCACUUGUCGUCACACUCACAAGGCACUUUCCUCUGGGUAGCCCUGGUUUGUGAAGCUCUUGCCAGACUGGAAGUGUCACAGAGGCAUGUCCGUAACAAGCUUAAGGAGUUCCCGCCUGGACUGGAUGCGUUGUACGGUCGAAUGAUUGAUCAGGUUGGAAAGUCAGAAGAUGCUGAGCUCUGCAAGCGAAUACUGGCUGUAAUGUCGAUAGUGUAUCGGCCUAUCACUAUUCACGAACUGACCGCCCUAGUUGAAAUACCUGAUAAUCUCUCCGAUGACGAUCAAGCUUUACUGGAGAUCAUCGCAAUUUGUGGCUCGUUUCUUACUAGGCGUGAGGACGUUAUUGUUUUCGUCCAUCAGUCUGCAAAGGAAUUCCUGCUCAAAAAGGCGCGAAGCGAGGUGUUUCCGGAGGACCAAGAAGCCGAACAUCUUAUAAUUUUCUCGCGAUCUCUACAGACUAUGUCCAGGAAACUUCAGCAUAAUAUCCUGAAUAUUGAACUUGUUGGGAUUUCGACCGAGGAAUUCACACACCCACGUUUGAAUCCUCUAGCAGCUAUAAAAUACUCUUGUGUGUAUUGGGUUGACCACCUUUUAGAAGGUUGGUGUGGUGAAGACAAGCAUCACACCCUUGACGAUGGAGGCUGUGUGGACAGGUUUCUACGGCAGAAAUAUCUUCACUGGCUUGAAGGCCUCGGCAUUUUGGGAUGCGUACCAGAAGCAAUAACCGCUAUGCUAAAGCUGGAGGGCUUACUCCAUGAGAAUGGAGUAUCACUGGACCUGCUAAGGCGAGUUCAAGACGCGUCCCGGUUCAUUCGUUACUACAGACAUGCAAUCGAAAGCAGCCCGCUUCAAGUGUAUAGUUCAGGACUUGUCUUUAGCCCAACUCAAAGUAUCACGAGGAUAUGUUAUCAGAAAGAGAAACCCGAUUGGAUUUUGAACAGCCCAGUGGUAGAUGAAAGCUGGAGUUCAUGUCUUCAAACCCUCGAGGGGCAUAGGAGCCCGGUCAGCUCGAUUGCCUGGUCGCCAGACGGGAGCCAACUCGCAUCGGCGUCAGUUGAUAACACUGUCAAGAUCUGGGAUCCGGCCACCGGCCAGUGCGCAUCUACCCUCGAGGGGCAUGGUAACUCGGUCAGGUCGAUUGCAUGGUCGCCAGACGGGAGUGGGAGUCGACUCGCAUCGGCGUCAGAUGAUAGCACUGUCAGGAUCUGGGAUCCGGCCACUGUAGACUGCGACAUCGCCCAUGGACGGGCGGGUGGGCAGUGCCCACGGGCCUUAUGUAAGCGGGCGAUGGGCACUAUCCAUACGCCCAUGGACGGGCCCUACCCUUAG